UGUACUUCGCUGAUGACGACAACACCUACGACCUGAGAGUUUUUGAUGUGGUUCGAAACACGACCAAGAUGAGCACAUGGAAGGUCGGUAUUGUGGGCGGACUGUUGGAAGAAGGACCAGUCUGUGUGAAUGGAAAGGUAAUCGGGUGGACGACUGGGUUUUCUCCUAGGAGAAAGUACCCCAUAGACAUGGCAGCCUUUGCUGUUGGCCUUGACCUUCUCGCUCAGGAGCCAGGUGCAAACUUUAGUCACACGUCAGAGUCGGGACACCUGGAGACAGACUUUAUAACUUUGCUUAACGUCUCGUCGCCAGACAUCACCACAGCUCCAGACGGCAACUGCUCCAGGGUUCUGGCGUGGCACACCAAGACAGUACUUCCGGAGGUCGACGGGACGCCUGUGUUCGUUGUCAACAGCGAGCGUCAGGAGGAUCGUGCGGAGAAACUUCAAUGAUCUACUCACAUCACGAUUACUGACCUUACUGUUUGCACUUGGUGGACACUUACACACUGUCUCGCUAGUAUUGUCAAGUUGACUACAAAACCGAAAGCUAGAGAACCUAUUAGAACUAAUUGAAUAGACAUUUUUCUCUCUCUCUUUCUCCAUUAACAUUUUAAUCAAUGGAGUUUAUUUUUUGUCUAGUUUGUUGAAAACAAGCAUAAAAGAUUUUAUAAGAUUUUAUAAAAGGAAAUAAAAAUCCCUUAAAAAUAACGAAUGGCAGAGUGCAUCAUGCAGUACACAGAAUACUAGUGUAUAAAAGAUGGAGCUAAUAGUAAGGUUUGCACCAGCAGUUCCUGACCUCACUCUACUAUGAAACUGAACCUACUUAUCAUAAUAUCUGUAGUCACGUCACUUGGCUUUCUUAAUAUAUUAUUACCUGUAGUCACGUAACUUGAUGUUCUUAAUAUAUUAUUAUCUGUAGUCACAUCACUUGAUGUUUGCAGUGUUUUACAUUAUCUGUAGUCACGUAACUUCAUGUUCUCAGUACUGUAUUAUUACCUGUAGUCAUGUCACUUGAUGUUCUCAGUAGUGUGUUACUGCCUGUAGUCAACAAAUGUCUAUAAAUCAAGUCCAGUCCCAUCUAUGGUACAACAUCACAAGCUGUUUAUGUUACAUUUGACUGAGAUGUCAGUCGGUUGUUAAGUUUAUCAGGUUUGGUGCGAUUAAAUAUUUUCUGUCAUUCCUUUCAGGGUGAUAGCUCUACACUACAGUUUUGUUUCGAU